GCGGCGCCGGCGGCUCCGGCCUUAGCGGUUCCUCCCUGGGCGGCGGCGGCGGCGGCUCGUUCGGCGCCUCCUCCACCAGCUGAGCCCGCGGGAGCCCGGGACGCCGGCCGCCCGCCCGCCGCGCUCCGCCAGGCCGCCGCCCGGUCAUGGCGCAGCCGGGCCCGGCUCCUCAGCCCGACGGUCUGACAACUGGAAAAGCUGUCCUCUGGGGAGCAAGGUCACCUCCAGUUUCUCUUCAGCAACGGGUAGCAGAAUUGGAAAAAAUUAAUGCAGAAUUUUUACGUGCACAGCAGCAGCUUGAGCAAGAAUUUAAUCAAAAGAGAGCAAAAUUUAAAGAGUUAUAUUUGGCUAAAGAGGAGGACCUGAAGAGGCAGAAUGCAGUGUUGCAGGCAGCGCAGGAUGACCUGGGGCAGCUGCGGACGCAGCUGUGGGAAGCCCAGGCAGAGGUGGAGAACAUCAAGGCCAUCGCCACGGUCUCCGAGAACACCAAGCAGGAAGCCAUCGAUGAAGUGAAGAGACAGUGGAGAGAAGAGGUUGCCUCGCUUCAGGCUGUGAUGAAAGAGACUGUGCGCGACAUCGAGCACCAGUUCCACGUGCGGCUGGAGCAGGAGCGCGGCCAGUGGGCGCAGUACCGUGAGUCCGCCGAGCGCGAGAUCGCCGAGCUGCGGCGGCGGCUAUCUGAGGGCCAGGAGGAGGAGAACCUGGAAAACGAAAUGAAAAAGGCUCAAGAGGAUGCUGAAAAGCUUCGGUCUGUGGUGAUGCCCAUGGAGAAGGAGAUCGCGGCUCUGAAGGACAAACUGACAGAGGCGGAAGACAAGGUUAAAGAACUGGAAGCCUCCAAGGUUAAGGAGCUGAAUCAUUAUCUGGAAGCUGAGAAAUCUUGCAGGACUGACCUGGAGAUGUACGUGGCUGUUCUGAACACCCAGAAAUCCGUCCUGCAGGAGGAUGCGGAGAAGCUGCGGAAGGAAUUGCAUGAGGUGUGUCAUCUCUUGGAGCAAGAGCGACAGCAGCACAACCAGCUGAAACACACGUGGCAGAAGGCCAAUGACCAGUUUCUGGAGUCGCAGCGUCUGCUCAUGCGGGACAUGCAGCGCAUGGAGGCCGUGCUCACGGCAGAGCAGCUGCGGCAGGUGGAGGAGCUGAAGAAGCGAGACCAGGAGGAAGAUGAGCAGCAGAGAUUUCACAAGCAGAAGGACCCCGGCCGAGUGGACGCGGAGGAGGAGGGGAGAGCCCCGGCGGCGUGUGCUUUACCGCAUGAGGAGCCUGCGGCCCAGCUGUCAAACGAGGAGGAGCACCUGGACAGCGCCCAUGGCUCUGCGCACUCGCUGGACGCGGACUUGCUGUUGCCGUCUGCAGACCCAUUUGGCAAGUCAGACGCAGAUAUGUUUAAGGAUGGACUCAGGAGGGCGCAGUCUACGGACAGCCUGGGGACCUCCGGCUCGCUGCAGUGCAGAGCGCUGGGCUACAACUGCAAAGCAAAAUCUGCCGGCAACCUGGAUGAGUCGGACUUCGGGCCGCUGGUGGGAGCAGACUUGGCGCCUGAGAACUUCGACACGGCGUCCCUUGGGUCGCUGCAGAUGCCGAGUGGGUUCAUGUUGACCAAAGAUCAGGAGAGAGCCAUCAAGGCCAUGACGCCCGAGCAGGAGGAGACCGCGUCUCUCCUCUCCAGUGUCACCCAGGGUGUGGAAAGUGCUUAUGUGUCCCCCAGUGGUUACCGCCUGGUCAGCGAGACUGAAUGGAAUCUCCUGCAGAAAGAGGUUCAUAACGCAGGGAACAAACUCGGUCGACGCUGCGACAUGUGCUCCAACUACGAGAAGCAGCUACAGGGCGUUCAGGUUCAGGAGGCAGAGACCAGAGACCAGGUAAAGAAGCUGCAGGCCAUGCUGAGGCAGGCGCACGAGCAGCUGGAGACCACGGCGCGGGAGCGGCAGCAGCUGGAGGCCGCCCUGAGCCGCAGCGCCCACGAUGCCGGCCACCAGAUCUCUGCACUUGUCCUGAGAGCCCAGGCGUCCGAGAGCUUACUUGAAGAGUUACAGCAGGGCUUUUCCCAGGCAAAAAGGGAUGUUCAGGAGCAGAUGGCAGUGCUGCUGCGGUCGCGGGAGCAGGUGGCAGACGAGCUGGCCAGGCUGCAGAAGGACAACGACAGUCUGCAGGGGAAGCACAGCCUGCACGCGUCGCUGCAGCAGGCGGAAGACUCAGUGCUCCCGGACACUCUGGAGGCACUGCGGGAGCUGGUCCUCAAAUACCGGGAGAGCAUUGUGCACGUGCGGACGGCGGCGGAACACACAGAGGAGAAGCUAAAGGCCGAGAUCCUGUUCCUCAAAGAGCAGAUCCAGGCCGAGCAGUGUUUGAAGGAGAACCUUGAGGAGACCCUGCAGCUGGAGAUUGAAAACUGCAAGGAGGAGCUGGCUUCCGUGUCUAGCCUAAAAGCUGAACUAGAAAGAAUAAAAGUGGAAAAGGCACAGCUGGAGGCUGCCCUGAGGGACAAGUCACAGCAGCUCGAGGGCCUCCAGGAGCUGAAGGUGACUUUGGAAGAGCAGUUAAAGAAGGAGACGGCGGCUAAGACGGCCGCGGAGCAGCUCGUGUUCGAGGAGAAGAACAAGGCGCAGCGGCUGCAGACUGAGCUGGACGUCAGCGAGCAGGUGCAGAGGGACUUCGUGAAGCUCUCGCAGACCCUGCAGGCCCAGCUCGGCAUGGUCCUCCCUGUGGUGUCCUGUCCACUGCCACAGCCGGCUGUGGGGAACCUGCAGCCUUGGGCCCGGCGGACGCCUGCACGGAUGUUCGGGAGAUUGGAAACAACCCUCGAAGCUCGCGGUGCAGCUGGAGCGGAUCCGGCAGGCGGGCUCCCUGGAGCGGAUCCGGGCCAUCCUCAACGACACCAAGCUCACCGACAUCAACCAGCUCCCCGAGACAUGACAUGCCCGGCAGACACCGGCCCGCACCCUGGGAUUUUACCUCCUCUUUAGAGCAACGUUAAUUAUUAUUUAACUCUUAACUGAAGAAGUCACGAGGAAGGAGCCUGCAGCCACGCUUGCUUCUGGUGGGAGACGAUGCUGCGGCGCAGGAGCAGCGACUGGCCGGGGGAUGUGCGCGGAAGGACUUCCCGUGGGGACAGAUGGACACGCUGGACUCCGGGGGGCUGGGGUCCGCUUAGUGGCGGAGGAAGUGCUGCUUUCUCCAACAUUCUCCUGCCUUGAAAGUAACAUCCCGAUCGUGUUUGGAAUUACAUUUUCUGUCCUAGACCCGGGAGGAGCGCGCCGGUCACCAUGUUCAGCUCCGGAGGGGUGUCGUGUGCCGGACGAGUAUUUUAUAUUAAAAUAUGCAGCUGGAGAGCAGGCUGGCGGCUGGGGACUGCACUGCUCAGCUCAGUGUGUUUCUUUUUACCGUCCUGUCUCGUGUCGGAGGACCUUCAGCGCGACUGAGACCUGCCUGAGAGCCACGGGACGGUGGGGAUACCACCGACGCGGGCGCCGACUUGACUGUGAGACCUGAGGGUGUGCGGGGAUGCCUGCACUGGAAUCCGAGGUUCACAGAGAAGCACAAGAGGCCGCGGAAGCACUUCCUGCCCCCGGACGCGCUCUGCGGGCCCACAGGUACCAGGGUUAAGCUGAACGGGCACGCCUGCUCUUCCGAAAACUGUUUUAGUUUAGUUAUUGGAUCAGUGGAAAAAUAAUAUUAAUAAAACAAGCUCUGACAUCUA